AUGGUUGGGUUAACCAACACAGAGCAUCCCCUCCGUCUACUCGCACUCGACGGCGGCGGCGUCCGAGGCCUCAGCGAACUCAUCAUCAUCCACCAACUCAUGCUCCGAAUCCAACGCCAGAAUAACCUCCGCUCAACACCCAAACCAUGCGACAUCUUCGACCUCAUCGGCGGAACCAGCACCGGCGGUCUCGUCGCCAUCAUGCUCGGCCGGCUGAAACUGUCGAUCGAAGAAGCGAUUGAUGAGUUCCGGUCCCUCGCGAAGGAUGUCUUUGGGGAAAGGAAACCGAUCGGCUCGGAUGGACGGUUUAAGGCGACGAACUUGGAGAAUGCGAUUCGGUCGCUUGUCGGGAGGUAUGGAGGUGCGAGUGAGAGUGGGAAGGAGAUGAGGUUAUUUGAUUCGGAGGGGGAGGGGUGUAAGGUGUUUGUCUGUGCAAAGGAUGCUCGCGAUGUGAGUCGGACGCAGCUCUAUCGGUCAUAUUCCUGCGAUGCCAGCGAUGAGAACCUGGAUGUGACCAUCUGUGAAGCUGCGCGGGCAACAUCUGCAGCGCCAACAUUCUUCAAACGCAAAAAGAUCGGAGCACCAGACCGCGAAGGUGAAUUCGUCGAUGGUGUCAUGGGCUCCAAUAACCCCGUCAAGCUCGUCCUCACAGAGGCACAGAGGAUAUUCCCUCCUGACCGCCCUGUAUCGUGCAUUGUCAGUAUCGGGACAGGGAAGAAAUACAUCAGCCAAGUUUAA